AUGCGUUACUCUAUCGCCCCAGUCGCGCUUGCCGCUUUGGCUGCGGCCAACCCAGUGCCUCAGGGAGUCACUGAGAACAUCACCCCAUCGACCUCUGCUCCAGCUGGCUGCUCUCCAGACUACCCAGGUACUUUCCAGAUCCAAGUCGUCAAUGUCACCACCCCUGCCAUGGCGAAGAGACAGCAGCAGGGUGGCUCCGGCACUUUGAUCCUCACCCUCCAGGGUGGUGUUCUCAAGGACGCUCAAGGCCGCACUGGCUACAUCGCCGACAACCGUCAAUUCCAGUUCGACGGCCCAGCUCAGACUGGUGCCAUCUACACAGCCGGCUGGUCCGUUUGCCAGAACGGCUCGCUCGCCAUUGGCAGCGAUGUUGUCUUCCAGCAGUGCUUGAGCGGAACCUUCUACAACCUUUACGACGAGAGCGACGCUGCCCAGUGCAGCCCGGUCUACAUUGAGGCUAUCAACGGUGGUGGCUCUGCUGCUCAGGUUCAGUCAGAUGGACAGCCAACUGCCCAGCCAGUCAACCAGAUUGCUGAUGGCCAGCCACAAGCCGUGACUCAAAUUGCCGAUGGACAGAUACCCAAUAUCGACGUGAACGCAGUGCAUGAGCUGACCUCCCCCGCGAUCCAAGCACCGACGGGCGCUCCUGUGAGCCAAAUCGCCGACGGACAGAUCCAAGCGGCCACUUCUGGUUCUCCCGUCUCCCAGAUUGCUGACGGUCAAGUAACACCGACUGGAGCCCCAGUUACCCAAAUCGCCGACGGUCAAGUGCAAGCUCCAACGGGCUCUCCUGUUACCCAAAUUGCCGAUGGACAAAUCCAGGCUCCUCAGCAAACUGGUUCCCCAGUUACCCAAAUCGCUGAUGGACAGGUGCAAGCUCCAACCAACGGCUCUGUUGCCUCUCCAACUGUUGUUGCUUACACUGGCGCUGCUGCUCUCCCAACCAUGCGCAGCGAGCUCUUCGGUCUCGCCGCCGGUGUCCUUGCCGUGGCCAUGCUCUAA